AUGUCAUUCACUGCCUUUUACGCUUUCAAGCCAAACAAUUCAAAUACUACUCAACAGUUAAUUAUUGGUAGAGAAGAUGGUACACUUUCGUCUAUCACAUUAAAUGAUUCUGCUGCUUCCCAUGGCACACCUAUUCGAAACAAGAUUCAUGAAGGUAAAGUCUUGGGUAUCACCCACAGUGAUGACUAUCAAGUUGGUUUCUCAUGGACUGAGAGCGAAUUGGCCAUUUGGAAUUACGAAACUUUGACUAAACUUUACAGUAUCGCCAUGCAUGGAAUUCAAAGUAUCAAAUUCCAAUUUGGAACUGCUUUCGUCUUCCUUAAAGAUGCCACCUACAUUCGCUUUGAUUGGAAUGGCAGUGAAAUUGUCAAACUGAUUGAAGCUGUCAAAAUUUUCCCUGACAGCACCACCACUUGCACAAGUUUCAAUUUCAUGGUCGAAGGUGGCAAAGGUAAUAAGGUUUACAUGUUCUGCAAUGACUACCGAUUGAGAUCUGUUACUUUUAACAAGAUUGUCAAAAAGAGAGUGGUUGAAGAUCAUCUCUAUUCAUUUGACAAGUUUAAAGAAUUUGGAAUUCAUCAUGCUUUGGUUUCACAUGAUGCCAAUGUUGUGUUUAUUCAUGCAGAUGAGAAUACUCCUGAUUUUGUUAAUUGCAAGAAGAUUAAUGGGUCCAGAAAGGGAGAAUAUCACAACAUGUUCAUGUUCUUGAUGAGUGACGUUUCUCCAAUGUACAAUUUCAGAACUAUUCCAUCAUGUGAAAAAGUAUUGGAUAUGUUCAUGUCACCAAGUAGACACUUGUUAUUGGUUUUGACUAGUGACAAUAUUCACUACAUUAAUUUGGAUUCUGAAAAUUAUGGAUCUACAGCAAGACCUGAAUCAAUUUCCAAAUUCCAAGCAAUGAAACUUUCAAAUGAUGAAUCUGUGUUGUAUAUUCAAUGUCAAGAUGGUUCCAUUCUUCCAAUUGCUGAUCCAAAGAAGAAGAUUACUGACAGUCAAACAAUUAUUAAAUCUUUCAUGGAAUAA